AUGAGGAUUCCGGGGUGGUCGCCGUGGCGAAUCCUUCCAGACAUCAUGCAUAUAUGCUACCUUGCAUGUACGGUGGAUGUGAUAACCAGUUGCUUGCUGGACUGGAGCGAUUCGGCUUCUCUGUUCUUCAAUGGGUCAUCUCGUGAGAAAAGGCUGACACAACUCUGGGAAAACUACAGGUCCUGGUGUGAGUCCCAAGGGUAUGAUUUGGCUGACAGGGCCUCCCGAAAGUUAUUCUCAACAAGUGCAUUGAAGCCAGAGGCAGGUAAGUAUGUAGAAGUCUCCCAGAAGACUCUCAACGCUACAGCAGCACGGUAUAUGGCAUUUUGGGUGGCAUCGGUUUCCAAAAAAAUCGCUGAAUGGACAGGAGCUGAUCCAGAUAUGUUUCGAGCUGGUGCGGCGAUGGGACUGGCGGAGAUUGAAAUGGUGUGCCUACGUGGUGGCAGAGUUUUUUCACCCCCAGAAUGGACACAUUUUGAGUUUGGGUACUUGGUGUACAGGGCUGGUUUGAACAAGAUGGGGGCAAUAGCCCUUGAGAAAAAACAAACCAGAUGGAGACAGCGACCAAGGGUCAUGGUCUUGAACACCUGGUUUAUGAUUUCCACGGGCUUAAUCCCCGUUACUGUAGCAAUUUCCUCGAUGAGGAUUUCGUGA